UGUGGGUAGACGUCCUACGCCCAAAAUGGCGGCAGGAUUGAAAAGUUUGUUGCUGUUUUUGUUUUAUUUUAUGACAUCUUAUCGGUCUCUGUCCCCCUCUGAAUAUAUCCCUAUUUUUUAAUCACGGUUGAGAGGGUUAGUGGUUUGUCUGGAGCGGUGUUUUGUUUAGUUCGGAUCGGUAACGCGCCUCCGUGGAAGUGUUUGAGGCAGAUGGCACUGAACUCGUGCACAUCACUGCGUCUAAUACAAUUAAAAUGAAGAGCAUUUCUACAUAGAGAUGGAGGAUGACGUAAAGAAAGUCAAAAAGCCAGGUAUUGUGUCUCCGUUCAAGCGGGUGUUUCUGAAAGGAGAGAAGGUGAGAGAUAAGAAGACUCUGGAGAAGUCCACUGAGCGUAGGGCCCUCCACACCUUCUCCCUCUCUCUCCCAGAUCACCGUAUCGACCCAGACAUUCUGCUAAAUGACUACAUUGAGAAGGAAGUUAAGUAUCUGGGACAGCUGACCUCAGUUCCUGGAUAUCUGAAUCCCUCCAGCCGCACAGAGGUUUUGCAGCUUAUUGACAAUGCCAGGAAGUCUCACCAUUUGGCAGGGCAGCUGACAUCAGAGCAGGAUGCUGUUGUCAGUUUGUCGGCAUACAAUGUGAAGCUCGUGUGGCGCGACGGAGAAGACAUCAUUCUCCGCGUACCCAUUCAUGACAUCGCAGCUGUGUCCUACAUCAGAGACGACUCACUCCACCUAGUGGUGCUAAAAACAGCUCAGGAGCCCGGAGGUUCUCCAUGUCAUAGUACAGAGAUGUCAAAAUCUCCCACUCUGAGCUCUCUUUCGGAGAGCGGCGCUGUGCUUGUGGAGGUCUGCUGCCUGCUUGUGCUGGCUGUCGACAAUAAGGCUGCAGCAGAGGAGCUGUGUCUUCUACUUAGUCAAGUCUUCCAGAUCGUCUACACCGAGUCCACCAUUGACUUCCUGGACAGGGCCAUCUUUGAUGGAGCCACAACACCCAUCAGGCAUCUCUCGAUCUGCAGCGAGGACUCCUCGAGCAAAGAUGUCAAAGAAGUGUUUGAGGCCGAGGCGAGCACAUUUACUUUCCAAAGCUCUCUAGAGGCGGGACACUCCUCUAGCCCCUCCCCCUCCCCAGCCUCACCACAAACCAUAACAGCCAGUGAGAGUGAACUAAGCACAACAGCUGCUGAGCUUUUACAAGACUACAUGACCACAUUGAGGACCAAGCUGUCAUCUCAGGAGAUCCAGCAGUUUGCCACACUGUUACGUGAGUACAGAAACGGAGCCUCCAUCCAUGAGUUCUGCAUCAACCUGCGUCAGCUUUACGGAGACAGCAGGAAGUUCCUCCUCCUGGGAUUGCGGCCUUUCAUUCCAGAGAAGGACAGCCAGCACUUUGAGAACUUUUUGGAAACCAUCGGCGUGAAGGAUGGCCGCGGCAUCAUAACGGACAGCUUUGGACGUUACAAACGCACAACAAGCUCUGCGUCAGACUCCACCACUAAUGGAAACGGUGCCGCCGGUGGAUCGGAUGAAGGAACGCCCACCUCUGAGGGCGACGAAUGGGACCGCAUGAUUUCAGACAUAAGCAAUGACAUUGAAGCGCUAGGAAGCAGUAUGGACCAGGACGGCGUGCCGUCUUGAUGUCACAGUAUUGGGUCAGUGACUCGCAGUGUGCUUUAGCCAAUCACCACUUGAGAUAAUCACACGGGGCAUUGGCCCUUAUUGCUGUCCAUCCAAUCUGACAAUGCUGGAGUUUGGAUACCACUUCCUGGUCAUCAUCCUUAUUUUUAUAUGUUGUGCCAUAUUAACACAACCAGAUUUUACUGAUUUGACGAUUUAGAUUUUUAAGACCUGUGACAGAAGGAUUGUGUAUUGCUGUGGACAGCAGUUGUGUUCUUCUGGGGUGUUUAUUGGCAGUAUCUGCUACCACUAAUGAGAAACCUUGUUGCUGGUAGAUAUUGCUCUUUCACACUGAUCUGCAUGAAAGCUUAUUUCUACCAAGAAUAAAUAAUACCUUUUAUUUUACA